AGAGAUAGAGAGAGUCAGGGAAUCCAGUAGCUUUAGGCUCUGUGUGUGUGUGUGUGUGUGUGAGAGAGAGACAGAGUGUAUGUGAGACUGAGAUCCCGGAAGCUUUAGGCUAUGUGUGUGUGUGUGUGUCUGAGAGAGAGAAAGAGACAAAGAGAAAGGUGAAGCGAGACAGUGAGUGUGUGAAGUUGAUAUUCCGGUAGCUUUAGGCUCUGUGUGUGUGUGUGUGUUAUGGGUGUGCCCUCAUGACGUGAACAAAGUGGGUUGUCUUAGCUACAAGCUCAGGUGUGUUUGUACAGCUCCACGUUGUAGCCUGUGUGUGUGUGGGUGUGUGUGUGUGUGAAGAAAAGACGGACAAUGAACUCCCAGCAGAGAGAAAAGUCUAGAUAAAAAGAAUAAGCUCGGUUUGUUCAGCUGAUGCGAGGCUCGGGAGGAGGCGGUGUUGUUUGUGUCUCAGGCUGCACAGGAUUUCCAGGAAGUUGGCAGAUCUUCACCCGUCUCUGCUUACCUCCAGUUGAAGCCAUGAAAACCACUUGGUACUGUCCACUGGACCUGUCCACUGUUACUGAGAAGGAGGAGGACGGCAUCAUGUACACGGUGGUCGUGAAGCCAAACCCCAGUGACCCCACUGCACAGUCAUCAUGUCAGCGCUCGCAGUGUGUAAAAGCCGGGACAGAGGAGAAGCUGGUCCUUCACCUCCUCCACUCCUUCUCCAUGGAGGACAUGUCCUUCAUCUCCAUCUUCCUCUCCACCUACCGCUCCUUCACCACCACUCAGAGGGUGCUGGACAUUUUGAUGGACAGGUUGGGAAAUCCUCCAGGAGACAGUGGCAGUCCCACACGUCAGACCUUCAACAAAGCCGUGUGCACCGUGUUCAGCACGUGGUUGAGUGAAUACCCGGAGGAUUUCCACGCUCUGGGUGAUCCCUCACGCCUGCUCCGCCUCGCACCGCUGAUACCAGACCAGACGGGGUCUGAGAUCAAAGGUCGUCUGCUGAAGAUCGCCGAGGAGCUCAGCGACAAAUCCCUGAUUCCUCAAUCUACUUCAGAUUCCACCUCAAACACUUUUCUCCCGAAUCCGUCGCCUGACCCGGGACAUUUCGAGGCCACCAACAUCCUGGCUUUUCCCUCCAGCGUCAUAGCUGAGCAGCUGACCAAGAUCGAGACGGAGCUGUUUCUGAAGCUGGUGCCGUACCACUGUCUGGGCUCGCUGUGGUCUCAGAGAGAUAAGAAGGGCCGCGAGGGCGUGUGCUGGUCAGUCCGAGCCACGGUGCGUCAGUUCAAUCGCCUGGCCAACGCCGUCACAGCCUCGUGCCUGUGGCAGACGGAGCUGAAGACCCAGCAGAGGACACGGCUUCUGGAGAAGUGGAUCAGCGUAGCCGAGGCAUGCAGAAUCAGGAAGAACUUCUCGUCCUUGUACGCCAUCGUGUCGGCGCUGCAGAGUAACCCCAUCCACAGACUGAGGAGGACGUGGCAGGAGACGGACCGGGAGGCGAUGAAGCGCUAUGAGGAACUGGCCUCCAUCUUCUCCGAGAAAGACAAUUACUCGCAGAGCCGAGAGCUGCUCAAAGAAGAAGGAACGUCCAAAUCUGCUAACGUAGACACUAGACUCAACAACAGAAGACACACGUCCAGCGCUCAGGGCACCGUGCCGUACCUGGGCAUCUUCCUGACCGACCUCACCAUGCUGGACGCCGCAGUCAAAGACAGACUAGAGAAUGGCUACAUCAACUUCGAUAAACGGCGCAGAGAAUUCGAGGUCCUCGCCAAAAUCCGUCUCCUCCAGUCGUCGUGCAGAAACAGCGCUUUCCGUCCGGACGAGUCGUUCAUACACUGGUACCACAGCGUCCCCACGCUGACCGAGGAGGAAAGCUACAGACUGUCCAAUCAGAUCGAGCCUCAGGGGGAACCGAGUCCCGGACGUCUAACACAUCCUACUGUGGUCAUCACCGAGUGUCCUGACGCUCUCUCUGCUGUGACAAGCUCAGGCAUGGAUGCUGAUGGAAUAUUUGAUUUUCCUUCUCCUGUCAAUCACCUGCUGUCCAGACUCGCUAAGCACAUGAAAUCCCCUUCCGUUUCCUGUCUGGAUGUCGAAUCUUCCCCUGCACCCAAUGACCCCACCCCCACUGCCGUGACCACACCCAAUAACACCUCCAAAACCCAUCGGCGCUCCGUCUCGUGUGGCAACGAUCCGUCCAAUCACGCGCCGGGGGCAGGACCAGACAUGCGAAUCGUCAAGAUACGGAUGGAUAUACAGGAUGGGAAUUUGUAUCGAAGCAUUCUGGUUAGCAGCAAUGACAAAAGUCCCACUGUGAUCAGUUCAGCGUUAGAGAAACACAACCAAGACCCGCGAGAGGCCUCCAAAUAUGAGCUCAUCCAACUGCUUCCUGAAGGAAAAGAGCUGACAAUACCUGCCACAGGAAACGUGUUCUACGCCAUGAGCUCGUCUAGCGUGGACUUCCUGUUGAGGAGACGAGGAGGAAACACGCCGCUGGGAUCUCCAUCACUGAACAAUGACACCAGCGCGACUUUUCCACGUAUCAAGGCCAAGGGGCGGCGCCUGGUCCGAACACUCUUUUAACACGUUUUUCAGGUUUUUUUUAGUAGAGACAAACAUGCAGAGUAACAAGCAGCACGCAGUAAUGUCCCGGAGAGACACGAGCUAUACCAUCUCUCAGCGAGUCCCUGAAGCGAGGGAACCCCAAACUCUUUAACUGUAAUGGACGUCUAAGGGCAGAUGUUGAACUUUAACUAAAAACACAUCAAUUGUGAGAGAAAGGGGUGCAUUUUGAGGCGUUAGCUACCUGCUUUUAAGGUAGCCUACACAGACAUAUUCUUAGCAUAUUGAACCUCGCGACACUUCAAAACAUCCGCCCUGAAGUGAUAGCGAGUAAAUAAGAGGGAGGGAAAUUUUGGUGCUCACACUUCCACUCGACUUCCACUACAGCGUGUAGCUAUGAGCUUAAACUCCUCAGACUUUAAUGAGUAUAAAGUGCAGAUCGAAAUGAAUCAGCGGCUUCGGCUAAAUGCUGCGCUGGUUUUUUUUUUUUUUUCUUUCCAGAAGUUCAACUAAGACAGCGGAGAGAGCGAUGCCAAUGCCACGUCGCCGACGUUAUGCCGGUUCUACCUCGAACGGAGUGAAACCCUUAUUAGCUUCAGCUAACCCAUGAGAACACUGCGACGAUAAACGACUACUGAACCACGACUGCGACCGCACCGAGCGACGUGUAGCACUUAAGGGUACUAACACACGUUAACGUCCUGCAAAACACUCACUGCCACUUUUUCUAACCAAGUAUGCAAACACGAGGUUCUGACUAAAGCUCGUGUCUCUGCUCGGGGGUUGUUUAUUUUUUAGUCGAUGUUUGAAUACCCACAACACUGUCCACUUAAACCACCUGGUGUCCAGGCAGCGACGAAGCUCUGGAUGGUUUUAUUACAGAUGUGUGAGAAAUGCAACACUAAGUAAAGACAUGGCUAUAUUCCCAUGUUUAUUCUGAUCCUCUCUAAGUCCCGAUGCGUCUCUGGUGUUCUGAUGAACCCUGCGCCGCUCGCCCGCUCCCGAUGCUCUUGAAGUUUCACGUGAACCGAAGCACCGGAAGGAGCCGGCGGUUCGGCGCGCAGGGAAGAGGGAAGGAGCCGUGUCUGGGUGUUUGUUUGUUUUGUGGUGAAGUGCCUUGUUAUCAGGUGCUCAUGCUUCUGCCUUGUUGCUCAGGAUAAGCUCAUGUUGUACAUUCACCUCUGUAUAGAUAAUAAAAAAAGCUGGGUUUAUGCAAAUGUACAUCACUUAUUCUUCUACGCAAUAAAUUUGCAUUUUGAUACACA